AUGGCCAAUAGUGGUACACUCACAUUUGCAACUGCUGGCGCCAAGUCAUCAAUCGAGAAGAUACGCCCAUACAUCAAAGGUAUCAUGGGGCGUGAUGAAAUCUCUUUUGAAGACGAGCCAUAUAGUAACGCGGCGAAGUUCAAGCUCAUCGGCAAUGACUUCGCCCUGAACGCUAUUACACAGCUUGCUGAAUCCUUGACGCUGGCCGAAAAAAUCGGGCAUUAG